AUGGUUGAUCGUCUUGUUCGUUUACGUUCUGUUUGUUCACCAACAAAUUCCUUUGAUUCUUUUCGAAGUACUCAUUUACGUAUUGGAGAUAUUAUUUCAUUAUAUGCACCUGAUUCGAAAGGGGAAAAUAAUAACAUUUGUGGUCAUGAAGGAUUUUUGUCAACUUUAGGUUUGGUAGAUGAACGUUGUGUUGUUGUAGAAGGACAUGGAAAUUUACAAUCACCCCCAGAAACAUUUAGAGAUUGUCUUUUCCGUAUAUGUCCAAUAAAUAGAUAUUCAGCACAAAAACAAUUAUGGAUGGAACAAAAAAGAUUACAAUAUUCAAAUUCAAGUACUUCUUCAGAUUCUUUUAUAGAUGAGGAAAUGUUAAUUAGAGUUGAAAUUGCUGCAGAAAAGGAAAGAGAACAAAAUAGAAAUGAUUAUACAAAAAUGUUAGGGAAUAUAGUUCAAUAUGGUUCUUCAAUCCAACUUUUACAUGUAAAAUCAGACAAAUAUUUAACAAUGCAAAAAAAUUCCCCAGCACGUCAAGAAAGGAAUGCAAUGCGUGUUUAUUUAGAUAAAUUAGGAAAUGAAGGUUCUUGGUUUUUUGUUGAGCCUGCUUACAAACAUGUUUCUUUGGGAGAUAAUGUAAUGUCUGGUGAAAGAAUUACUUUAGUUUCUUUUACUUCGAAUAAUUCAAACAUUUCUUCUGUUGGCCCAAAACUUCAAUUACACCUUUCUAAUCACAGAUUAACUGACCACAAAAAUUGUUGGGAAGUUAAUUGUUUAAAUGAACAAACGGAGUGGCAAGUUUGUGAAAUUGUUUUUCGAAAAAUAUUUGUUUUUAAGGCACAUGUUUUUCUUCAAUAUGACGAAAAUAUGACAGAAAAUGUUAAAUCAGGAGAUGUUCUUCGUUUAUUUCAUGCCGAUCAACAAACAUUUUUAACAUUAGAUUCUGAACCUAAAAACAUUCAGAAUGAUCGAGUAUUUCUUAGAUUAACUAAUAGACCGUCUGCAACUGAUGCAACAUCUUCUCGCGCCCUUUGGGAAAUUCAAGUAUUUAAUAGAGAAAUGCCUUUACGUGGGGGAGCUUUAACUUGGAGAAAAUUUGUCCGUUUCAAACAUUUGGCAACAGACCAAUAUUUAACUGUUGUUCCAAUUGAUAAAGAAAUAAAAAAUAAUGAAGAAUUAAUUAAUAAAAAGGGAAAUAAUACUAAAAAUAACAAUAUUCUAUCUUAUAAUUCAACAACUUUUAUUCAAUUCCGUUCAAUACCUUCACAGCCAGAAACAGAAAAUCCAACAUAUAUUUUAAUACCAAAAAGAUCAGAAGAUCCAUGUAGAGAUGAGGAUAUUCUUUUUAUGUUAGAUCCUUGUACUAAAGUUCAAACUACAUGUACUUGGUUGCAUUCAACUAAUCCUCAACUUAAAUCGAAUCUUUAUUAUUCAAGUAAAAAUGAAAAAGGAUGGGUUAAGGUAAUUUGUGAGCCAUUUAAAAUAGAUAAAGAAGCUUUUUCACUUUCGCCUGUUGUUCCAAACGAAGUUAGAGAUUUAGAUUUUGCCAAUGAUGCUUGUAAAGCUUUACAUCAAUUUGUUGAUUUAAUUAAAAGUGGAAAACAAAUUUGUAAAGAAAUAAUUAAAUCGACAACCCAAUUAUUAAUUGAUUGUAUUUAUUUUGUUACUGGAAUCCAACAAAAUAAUCAAAUAAUGAUUGAUCCUCUAAAAAUUUUAAAUUUCGAGCCUUUGAGGGAUCGACAAAAAUUAUUAAGGGAACAAGGAGUUCUUGCACAAAUAUUUGAUUUACAGAAAGCUCCCUUCCUUCCAAGACAGGGAAUAGGGGAAGUUCAUCCACUUUUAAGUGCCCCAGCAGAAUUAAAUGAACCAAGAAAUGAAUGCUUUUUAAAAAUGUUUCAAAUGACUGCUGUUUUACAUAAUAAUCCUAAAUUGUUAGAGAAAUAUGUUAAAAUACCUCAUGUUGAACGUUUUGUUGAACUUGUGAGAAAUAAUCGUUGUGGUAAAUUUCUUUUUUAUUUGGCCGAUCUUUGUGUAUGUCGCGGGGAAGCUAAUAAGAAAAUUCAAGAAUUAAUAUGUAAUUGUGUGUUAAAUGAAAAAAACAGAGAAAUAUUUAUGUUAACAGAAAAACGUUUAAUUUCUUCUCCUCAAAAUAAUUUUGAAGUCUAUAUUUGUUGGGGCUAUUCUGGUUCAAAAUGUUCACCUUUAGUUAAUUGCUCUAAUUUAAUUGCUGAAGAAGAUGAAAAAGAAAUGUUUGAUUAUUACAAACAUCAAUUAGAAUUAUUUGCACAAUUAUGUCAAGACCAACAAUAUUUAGCUAUAGACCCUCCACCUGAAAGGAAAUUAUUAAAUAUAAGUCAACAACUUCCUGUUGAUUUAGUUAUUAAAUGUAUUUCUGAUUCUCGUCUCCCUUUUGAUAUUCGGGCCUCUUUUUGUCGUUUAAUGCUUCACCUCCAUGUUGUAAGGGGUUCACCUGUUCCAGCUGUAAGACAUGCACGUUUAUGGAGGGAUAUACCAGAGAAAGUUUUUAUUAAAAAAUAUCACAGUUCAGCUUUAGAAUCUUACAAAAAUGAAAAUACUUCAAUGGAUUCUAAUAGGGGACAUAUGCCUGUAAUUGAAUUUCAUCAAGAAAUUCUCGAAACUGUCCAAAAUUAUUUAUUAGAAUUAUGUAAUUUAAAUAAUGGACACCAACCAAUACUUAAUGAUUUGCCUGAAUAUGCUGACCAAAAUAGAUUAACAUAUGAAGUUAUUAAUUUAGCUAAAGCAUUAGCCCAAUUUGGAUUUUAUGAUUUUGAACAAAUGCUUGAAUUGACACAAUAUUUAUUAAUUAUUGUGGAUAGUUGCCCUUCUCAAAAAGAGAAUAAUAAUUUAAUUAAUAAUAAUUCAAAAAUAAAAACACAUACAAAAUUAAUUAGACAAAUAUCUAAAUUUACUUCUAUAACUACAACAAAGAAUGAUGAAGAAAAUAAUAAUGAAAUUGCUAAUUUAAUAAAAAAUAAUUUGUCUUCUACACCCACAAUUAACAAUAAUACUAAUAAUUAUUCAAAACCUCCUCCAAAUACUUUAGAAAUUCCAAUAACAAAAACAAUAAUACAAAAACAAUUUAAUAAUAACACAAAAGAUUUAACUGAAGUCUCGACAAAUUCAAAACGUUCAAGGGAAAUGCUUUUAAAAACUAAAUUAAUUGUUGUUGAAUUAAUUGAUUUUAUUAUGGAUGUUAGAAGAGAUUUUCGAGUAACAAAAGCACUUUCAUUCUACAAAAAUUUAUUGUCUUCUUGCAAUGAAAAUGGCGAAAUAAAGGAAACACCAGUUAUUUCAAAAGAAUUAAUUGAGCAAUUAUCUCGUUCUGUAUUUAUUGACUCAGAAAAAGAAUUAGAUAUGGAUAAAUAUAAGGGUCAACAAUUAUUAAGAAUUUUACUUCAAAUGACAAUGAUAGAGGAUUUUCCUCUAUUAACUAGCACAGCUUUAAAAUUAUUAUUUAGACAUUUUAGUCAAUUUCAAGAAUUAAUUGAAGAUAUGAAACAAAAUUACCAUCAAGUAGACAGAGAUUUAUUUAUUUUAAAACAAUUAACUGAGAAAAGCGAACUUUGGGUACAUUACGGAACACAAUUAGACGGGUCUUCAACAACUAGCUGUUCUUCCCCUUCAAAUCCCAGUCAAGAUCGUUCAGACGACGAUUUUAUACACGAAACAACUUUGUCUGUCCCUUCUAUUGAAACUUUACAAGAAAAAGUUUCGAUUGGUUUAGCUUCAAUUGUUAAUGGAGAACAACAACAACCACAAAAAUAUUUAAAAGAAACUUCUACAGGAAAUGAAUCCCCAACAACUAAAAGGCGUAAAACUUUAAAAAGUAUUCGAAAUAGUGCUGGAAUAUUACAACAAUCAUCACCACAAUCUUCAAUAGUUAAAAGCGGUCCUGCAGCAGCAAUUGCUAUUUUACAACAAUAUUAUCCAAAAUUAGCACGUCAACCAAAUCAAUUAGCUUCUAUUGGACUUUUGUUGACAGGUACAACAACAGAUAAUGAUGGUAAUCAACGAAAUAAAGCAGAAAUUAGCAAUACUCUUCAUUCAAUAAUGGAAAAAGCCCCUCUUAUUUGUUAUUUACUUGUUAAAGAAAUUAUCGUUCGAAUGAAAGAUUUAUGUUUUUCUUGUGCUGCAAGUAAUUAUCGAAAUCAGCAAUUAUUACGUAAUAUGCUUGUUUAUGAAGUUAUUUUGCAAUUUCUUUGUAUUCCUUUUGACCGAAAAAAUGACAAUGAAAUGCCAAAACUUUUAACUUUAAGUCAUGAAUUUUUGAGAUCUUUUUGCAAAAAUAAUAAAGAAAAUCAGUCAAGACUUUAUAUCCAUAUUGCUCCAAUUGAAGGUGGAGGAGGAGGAGGAAGUAGUAGUGGGGGAGGAGGAGGAGGGAAUACAGAACAACAACAACAAAGACAUGAAGGAGGGAAACUUUCCGUUGAAACGGUUCAAGACUGUGCUACAAUAGUUUCAAUAUUUAGAGGAAAUUCAGAAUUAUGUGAACAUGUUUCUGAACAUUUUAUUGGGCAUAUUGUUAAUUUAAUAGAAAAUAAACAAAGAAAUUCUAUAUUUCUUGAAUUAUUACAAGUAAUUGUUUCGUCUUGUGAAAAAGGAUUGGAUUUGUGUCAAAAUAAAGUUGUUGAUGAAAUUGGUAAAGCAGCUGAAGAUGUUCGACAUUUUUAUGUUGAUAGUGUUUCUUUUGAACAAUUAAUUGAAAUGAUGAAAAAAUCGAAUAUAUCAGAUCUGGAUUCUUCUCAUCCUUUACGUUAUCAUAUAGAAUUGGUUAGAUUAAUGGCUAUGUGUACAAAAGGGAAGAAUGCGGUAACAGAAUUAAAAUGUGCUUCACUUCUUCCAAUGGACCAUAUUGUCAGGGUUUUAACUUCAAAUUGUUGUAUUUUGGAAGUAAAGACUGUUUAUUUACAAUUUCUUCUUACGUGUUAUAUUGAAACUGAUUUAGAAUUAAAAGAUGCAAAUAAUUCAGAAUAUUUAGAAUUAAUUUUAAACGAAAUAAUAUCAGAUAUAGACAAAUUAAUAAUUAAAUUACAAUCAAUUGUAGGAGAAUAUUUAAAUAAUAAAUUACCUAAAGAGAUUUUAUUUUUGGAAAGAUUUGUUUGUCAAAUAAUUACAGAAGUUUUAAUUAAAUUUUUUGAAAAAACAAAUUAUGCACAAAGAGCAUUUAUUGAUAUUAAACAUCAUCGAAAAUUAUUUAUAACAAUUUUACAAAAAUUAAAUAAAUUACAAAAUUGUGUUUUUAAUGCUGCUGGUAGACGUCCACACAAUAAUUGGUAUAAAAUUGCUGAUUGUUCUGAAAGGCUAGCUAAAUUUGCAAAAAGUCGUUUUAUUAUUUUACCUGAAAAUUCUCUUUCCGUUCCUAACGGUAAUGAAAAUAAUAUUACUUCAUCAUCAACAUUACGAACAAUUACUGCCAGACAACGUUGGCAAAGUGCUAUAUUCUCUGCUCGUUAUUUUAGAAGAACUAGACACUCAAAAUCUCUACAUUCUCACUUAACUUCUUUAACUGCUGGUGAUGAACCAACAACAGUUGUAGCUUUAUAUCCUCGUUUAAUUAACGAAUUAAAUAAUUAUCUUUCUCCUUUACAAAAUGCAGAAAAUGCUGCUUUAGUUGAAAUUUUGAGAUUACCCGAAAAAUUAUGUUCUUCUAAUUCUUUGACUUCGAAUAAAUUUGAACCUUCUUGUCAUGGAAAAUUUGUUAAAUCAAUGUUAAUUAGGCAUUGUAAAUUACUUUUAGAAUCGAAAAGAAAUGAAUUAUGUGGGCGUGUACUCGUUACUUUAUAUAAAUUAGUUUCGAAUUUAAAACAAGAAUUUAAUGAAAAUGUAAAAGAAAUGCUUGGAGAAUUACUUUGUCGUUAUUUUGGGGAGGGGUCUGUACAGGGAUUAACUACAUUUAAUAAAUCAACAAAUUUUUCUAUAAAUAAUUUAAAUAAAGAGAAUAUAAAUAAAGGAGAUUGUAUUUUUGAUUCAGAACUAAAUCCAAAACAAGAAAAAACCCUUUACAAUAUGCAAUGUGAUUUAAUGGAUGCUGGAGCUGUUGAUUUAAUUAUAGAUUUAAUUGUUAUGGAACCCCCAUAUGAUAUAUUUAAAAAGAGUAUUCAAUUGGCUAAAGCUUUGCUGUUUGGGGGAAAUGAUAAAGUUCAAAUGGCAUUUUAUCAAAGAUUACAAGACGAUCAAAAAUUAGCCUCUCGCUUCUUUAAUGCUUUAAAAUUAAAAAUGCAAGCAGCACAAAAUCGAAUUAAAGCUGACAUUUUAAGUGGAACAUCUAAUGCUGGAAGGGCAACAACUAUUUUUUCUACUUCUGGCAGUCGUCGUUCUUCAGCUGCAAUUACUCCAAAUCCACAAAAUGGCGUUAAUUGGUUAAGCAGUAUUGGGGGAGAAACUAAAAAACAUUCAGAACUUUCAGCAAAGAAUAGUUUAAAUUUAAAUAUUCCUUUUAAUGAACAACAAUAUUUUGAUAAAAGAAAUAAUGUUUGUAUUACUUCUUCUAAUUCAUUUCAACAUUCUUCUUGGCAAUCUACUACUUCAUAUCAACAUCAACAACAAACAUUUCUUCGCCACCAAAAUCGUUCAGAAAUUGAAGAAAAAAUAUUAAUUCCAAUUCUUCCUAUUGAAAUAAGUAUUGUUGAACCAAUUUUACGUUUUUUACAAUUACUUUGUGAAAAUCAUAAUUCUACUUUACAAAAUUUUUUGCGUACUCAAAGAGGAAGACCAGACUUUAAUUUAGUAUCAGAAACUCUUACAUUUUUAGAUUGUAUUUGUGGAAGUACAAAAGGAAGUCUUGGAGUAUUUGCAGAAAUUGGGGAACAUAGUAUUCUAACAGAAUUUUGUCAAGGUCCUUGUCAUGAAAAUCAAAAUGCUUUAGCUAGACAUGAAAGUAAUGGAAUGGAUAUUGUUAUAUCUUUAGUACUUAAUGAUAUUAGACCUUUGGCAGAUCAAAAAAUGGAAUUGGCUUUAGAAAUUAAAAGUCAAGCCUCUAAACUUUUGUUAGCCAUAAUGGAAUCUAGAGAUGAUUCUGAAAAUGCUGAUCGUGUUCUUCGUUUAAUGGCCCAUAGCGGCACAAGUACAAGUACUUCCUCCUCUUUAUCUUCCUCAUCAACUAGCGGGGGCGCUAAACAAUUAAUUAAAGCAAUUGGGCAUGCUUAUUCAAUGUCUUCAACAUAUUCCCCCUCCCCUUCUUUUUCUUCUACUCCUGGACAGGCAUUAGAAGUUGCUAAUCAUUUACAGCAACAACAACAAAUAUUUACAAAAAAUAUUUCUGAAAACAAAAAAGGAGGAUUUAAAUAUUUAAUUUCUUGGAUUUGGCCUUUUUCUAAAAAUAAUUUAAAUAAACCAGAAAUUUGUUUAUCUUCUAAUGGAAAUAAUUUAAAGAAUAGUAAUAAAGAAGAAAAAGACAAAAUUAAAGACAAAACUACUUUAUUAACAACAUCUACUACAACUUUAGUUGACCCUAAAGAAGUUGGCCACAAUAUAUUUAUUUUAGCCCAACAAUUAGGUCGACAUAGUAAAGAAUUAAAUUGGCAUCUUUGCCCAGAAAAUGCAACAAAUGAAAAUAUUAAAAAUGCUUUAACAUUUUAUCAGCAACAUACUGGACAAAUUGAAAUUGUUCGUUCUGAUCGAAAAAUGGAAAGAGUACUUUUUCCAAUUAAUGAUAUUUGUGGGUUUUUAACUGAUGAAACAAAACAUUCAGUUUUUGUAAAUACCGAAAAGGAUGCACAAGGAUCGAAAAUUUCUGAUUUUUUUGAUAAAUGGCCUAAUUUAUAUAAUGAAAUGAAAUGGCAAAAAAAAUUACAAAAUAGACAAUUAUUAAGUUAUUUCACUAAACGUUUACAUAUUUGGUCAAGAAUUUGUUUCUUCUUGUCUGUUCUUCUUAAUUUAAUUUUAGCAAUUUCCUAUCCAUUUGAACAUUCACAAAAUUUUGGACAAUCACUAUUCUUGAGUGCUGACAAUCCUUUUAUUUAUUUAUCUUUUUUGGUUGCUCUUUUAUAUUUUUUCUUUUGUUGUUCUCCUGAAUGGCAUUCUGUUGGAUUAUCCUUUUGUUCACAAAUUAGUUUAUUUUUGGCCAUGUUUUCAUCGUCAAUUUUAUCAACAGCGCUUUUUGGAUUAUUACCAACACUUUGGAUUUUGGGUACUUUACAAUUUGUUGUCAAAUGUAUCCACAUAACUAGUUAUUCAGGCAAUAAAGGAUUUGUGGAAGACCAUAAUUGGAAACAAAUAUUUUCUGAUUCAACAUUUUUAUAUCAUUUGGCUUAUUUAAUUUGUUGUUUGUUAGGACUUUUAAUCCAUCCAUUUAUUUAUUCUUUAUUGUUAUUUGAUGUUAUUGCUUGUGAAGAAACACUUCAAAAUGUUAUUAGAUCAGUUACUCGUAAUUGGCAAUCUAUAUUUUUAACUGGUCUUUUAGCAUUAAUUUUAGUUUAUCAUUUCUCUAUUAUUGGGUAUUUAUUUUUUCAAAGAGAUUUUCGAUUAGAAGUACAUAAAUUAACGGAUUCUGAAGAAGAAAUUGGAAAUAAAUGUUUAAAUCAAAAUAAUUAUUUUUAUAAAAAUUAUUUAAAAGAAGAGGAAAAUAAACAAAAAUGUGAAGAAAAAAAUAAUUUAAUUGAAGAAGAUGAUGAAUUAGAAUUAAAAGUACCUUCUUGUGAGACACUUAGAAUGUGUAUCUUAACAACACUUAAUUGGGGACUUAGGAAUGGAGGUGGAAUUGGUGAUGUUUUGAGAAGUGUUAGUCCACAUGAGCCUUAUUUCUUUUGGAGAAUUUUGUAUGAUAUGACUUUUUAUAUUGUUUUAAUUAUUAUUGUUCUUAAUUUAAUUUUUGGAGUAAUUAUUGACACUUUUGGUGAUUUGAGAACAGAAAAAAAUGAAAAAGAAUUUACUUUGAGAAAUACUUGUUUUAUUUGCGGAUUGGAAAGAGGAAAAUUUGAUAAUAAAUCAGUUCAAGUAACUUUUGAUGAGCAUAAUGAAAGGGAACAUAAUCUUUGGCAUUAUAUUUAUUUUAUUGUUUGGUUACAAAUUAAGGAUGAAACAGAAUUUACUGGACCUGAAAGUUUUGUAUCUAAAUGUGUUAAAAAUCAUAAUAUGGAUUGGUUUCCAAGAAUGCAAGCAAUUUCUUUACAAAAAGAAAAUGAAAAUAAUUUGGAAGAAAUUGAGAAUAAUAAUAUACAAAAACAGCAAAUAUUACAAUUAGAAUUAAAUAAUUUAAGAGAACAAUUACAACAAAAUCAAUCUUUACUUAGAGAAUUUGGACAAAGAAUGCAGGAAUUACAUCAAUUAUUAAUUAUUGAUCAACAACAAAAUUAA